GAAAAGUAUGUGUUUACCUUUUCGUGCACCCAGUCUUUAGACCACUGGUUCGUUACCUAUUGAUAAUUGAUAAGAAAGCAUGUAUGUUUCAUGUUCGAUUUGCUUAGUUGUUUUCACUGUAUUUUUUUGAAAAUAAGAACUAACGUGAUAGUUUAAGUGGCAACGUGAAGUACUGUAGUGUAUGAGUUUCGAUUUCAUGAAGAGAUACAAUUCUAAUAUUAGUCAAUUAUAACACGAGAUCUGCGAAAAAGGUACAGAUCGAAAUGAAUUCUUUGACCAGCAUGGUGUUCGGUCUAUGCGAUAAAGCGCAUCACCACCGGUUUCUAUCUUCGAGCAUUUUAUCAUUACUCGAUCCUUUACCAGAAUCGAUGCAUUGGAAUGCGUUUGAUAAAACAUACCAGACCGAGGUGCCGAUUAAUAGCAAAGUUUAUUACAUCAAGAAAUGUCCUGGCGAUAUGCCAUCUCUCAGUACCAGUACUACGGUAUCGCCUCAUCAGGACCAUCAAUCCAAUCCGGUGACCGGAAACGGCGAUCAAAGCGGUACGAUCUCAGCUACUUUAAUGAAAUCGUUGGAAGAAAAACUAUUCAACUCUAUUCAGAAGAAACAGACCGAAUUAUUGGAUAAUUUUAAAAAAGAAACCGAUAGCAUCAUCAAAAGUUUCAAAUCUCUGUAUAGCGACCUGAGCUGGGAGGUUCAUUCGAUUUCUUCGACGAUGGCUGCGAAUCGCGUUCAAAUGCAAAAAUUCACCGAACAAAUCGAAGAAUUGGAGUGCAAAAUUCAAGAAAUGGUACCGGAACCGCCAUCUGGUGAUGAUUCCGAUGCAUCCAGCUCGGAAUCUGAAGAAAGUGAAGAUAUUCUCGAGGAGAUAGAGGAGAUUAAACAGUCUGAGCGAACGUUCAUGGAGUACCGUCCGUUGACUGGUCAGCAUUGGGAGGUUAGUAAACCGAUCACGUUCCAGGUGACGAUCAGCGAUGUUACUCUGAACGCUAUUUACGAUCCGCGUGUGGCCAAGUCCGUCAUGUCCGAUGAUUUUUUGUACUCGGACGAAGAAACCGAAGAAUUAGAGUACGAUAAAGUGUUCUACGUGCCAUGGUGGUUCCCCAAGUUACAAACCUGUCGCGAUGAAGGCACAAUUGACGUUGUAAUCAAUACGUAUCAUUCGCACAGCUUGAACGUGGCCCUUAAUCCGUAUUGGAACAAAGCUGUCGUGCUGGGAUUCAAUUUCGGCCAAAAAUUCAUCGAUGAAGUGAACGAAGAUAAUGGAACUAUUACGUUACGUGAUAGUACUGGCAUUUCGUAUUGUCUUAAUUUUGAAUACUACUAUAAUUGAACCAAGACGAAGGGAUGUUCUGAGAAUGUGUCGAGAAUUGGCUUAGAUUUACCUUUUUUAUUUAUGUUUUUCCAACUAUUUUAUACUCGAGUUAAAGUUUACCUAUUAUUUAUUUUAGUUUUAGUUAUUUUAAUGUAUCAUGUAUCGUAAUAACGAUCUGUUACCGUAGGAAGUUUUCCGGUGAUAUUUGUUUGCCUACGUUUAGCCUAGCUAAGGUUUGAACAGAAUGAUAUUCUCUGUUCAACAGUUUGUUAUUAGGAUUAGAAUUUUGUAUCGUUAUUUAAAUUUGAAUUUAUGAAUUUUUUAUUGAAUUAUAUUCGCAAUGAAACGAAA